CUGGGUUACGCUGCUGCAGCUAACGCCGAGGCGAGUGCAGUGUUUGUCUGGUCUCAGCAGCAGAGGGAAUUGUUUGUCUGGGGCUCGGCUACCUGGUCGGAUUGAAGGCGGAGCGGGACAGCUCGGGGUGUGGAGCCCUGGCAAAAGGGGCUACAUGGAAAUGGCUUGAGCUAUUCGAGCCACAGGCUGGAAUAGAGCCCGUGUUCUUUGUCUCCAGCGAUGGGGCAGGGCUCGCAGCUCAGCAGAAGAGCUUUGUGCCCAGCCUGGGAUUGAUUCCGUUCUCCCGCAAUGUUUGUUAUUCACAAUCCACAAUCUCGCCAUCCAGGAGCACCGUUGCAUUGAUCGCUCGGAUCCAGCGCUGUGCUGUCCCGGGCUGGGACAGAGAGAGGGGAACAUGUACCCGGCGCUGGGGUCUUUCUACUGGGCUCCCGUGGCUUGGAAGGCCCCCCUGGGUGAGUUGGAGCUGUACAGCUCCGAGGCCGGCAGCGGGCCGCUCCUUGCCCCUCUCUUGCCCACCGUCCAGGCACCACCACAUCAGGGCAGCGGGGGCGAGCUGGGCUCGGCAGCCGCGGGGAGCAGCGGAGCAGCAAGCCCCGGCCCCGGCCCCGGCUCCAGCCCCGGCAAGAGGGCAGGCAGCGGGCCGGAGCAAGUACACCUGGCCAGAUGGGGCUCCGAGAUCCUCCAACGCGACAGGGAAACUGCCAGGGAGGUGGAGAUGCAGGAUAGACUGGAGCGACUGGCGGCUGACAUCGCCCUCAAAUACAUCCGCGCUGACCACUGCCUGAAGUACAUCAGAGUGUGUGUGGAUACAGCUAUUCUGCAGGAGCCCGGUGGAUAUGUGCUGCUGGACGUUUUGAACUCGUUGGAAUCGGAAUAUAGCAUUGAGCCGCAGUCAGUCCCCUCCACCAUUACAUGGAGAAGACAACUGCCUCAGGUCAUCUUGGACCAGCUUUCUGAGGAGAGUAAACAUUUAUACAAAUCUAAGGAAGAAAAUCAAAUUCUGGUGCUGCUUUCACCAAAUUAUUUCCUUAACAUGGUAUGGUUGCAUAAACAGAAAAUGAAAGGCGUUUUCAUGGAAGACAUUUGUGAAAACUUUGACAGUUUUAUAAUGAGAGUUCUGGGCAAGCAGUUUUACAGAAAAGCUACAUUGGCUGUCAUUGGAUUGGAUACUUACACAAGGGAGAAAGGGCUUUAUAGUCCAGUGAAACGACAGCUGAAUUCAGAAAACACCAGGGAUGAAGAUUCUGAGUCAUGGGUUAGCAAAGAGCUUGGCUUGACCUGUGCAGAUUUGGACGAGGUCCAGGUUGCGUUGCAGCUGCAAACACACACAACAGUUUGGUUCUUGGAGAACUGGCAACAAUUUGCUGAUCACAUUGCAACUCUUACAAAGGCAAUAGCUCGAUCCCCGUUCAAGCUUAUAGACAUUGUACGACAGAGUGGGAGAAGCAGAAUCUGCUAUCAGAGGUGAAAGUACAAGCUGGAGGAAAACGUGUGGAUCGGCGCGUUGGACCAGACAUAUCUCGCAGGUUGUAUAUUUUCAUGACUUCAGAGAAUGCUGACAUAGUCUUGGAUAAAAGUGGGUAAACAGAGAUGAAAGCUUGCGAUAUUUUACCAUUUGCCUUUAUGAUUUAACAAAAAGAAACACACAUGAACAAAGUUUGGCUGAAUUUGAAACAGUUCAGCGUCAGAGUUGCUGUUACAGUUUGUGUAAGCUCGGAACUGAUUGUUAUUAAACCAAAAUUAGUCUUAAUUCACUAUUUCAUGUAAUGGGUUAACAACUAUGAGCAGGAUAGUCAACACUAGCCAGUUUUUAAAACAAUCAAGUUUUUCUGCUCAUUCUAUAUUCCAAACACAAAUGGCCACAUGCAAGAUUAUAUAAUGGAAAGAAAAUACGUUGCAUUUUAAAGUAAGUUACAACUCUCGAAUAAUAUGGUAAACCCUCGUUAUAACUGACCAUGGGGAGGGGGGAUGGUGUCCGUUACUGCCGAUUGACCGCUAUAACAGAGUAAAGGAUUACCGAGCAAGAGUAUCAUUGCACGAGAAGUAGAAACAAAAAACUGCAGAUGCUGGUUAAUACACAAAAGCGCUGGAGUAGUGGAUUAACUCAGCAGGUCAGGCACUGUCUCUAGAGAACAUGGAUAGGUGAUGUUUCAUGUCGAGACCCUUGUUCAGACUCUCGGUGAGCUGGCGGCCGAGGGAGAAGUGAGGAUCGGCGGAGUCAUUGGUCGCGGGGUGUGGGCAGCCGGACAGGUGUGGGUUGGCAGUGGUGGUGGCAGCGGUAAGCGUGGCCUGGAAGCGGCCGAGGAGGCUGAGUGGGCCGGCAGUGGCGUCAGUAGGUCCGGCCUGGGAAGCGGCGGGGAGGCAGUCCAGCCUGGCUGUGAAGGUUGGUGGGACUGGUCUGGAAGCAGCUGGGGCGGGGGUGAGGAUUGGCGCCAGCUUCGGUGGUCCUGGCCUCAGAGAGACCAGGUGAAUGUUGGCACUGCGUCUCCCAGUGCCGCUGCGGGUCUGGGGUAUUGCGGCAGCCAGGUGCGCGGCGCAAUCCAGCGGUGGGUCCGAAUCUGAAACGCCACCUAUCCAUACUCUCCAGAGAUGCUGCUGAGCCCGCUGAAUGACUCCAGCACGUUGUGUCAUUCAUCAUUGCAUUGUAACCAGCAACCUGCGUUCUCAAAGAGACAGCGGUGUCUGAUUAUUGUGGAGAUGCACCACCCACUAGAACUGAAAUCCGUUAUGAAAAGGUCUGCAAUAACAAGGGUUUACUGUAUUUUCACAAAGUUCAGGUUCAGCAGAAUGUGAUAAGGAUAAAAUAAUUGCCAGUUAAAUGAUUAGAAAAGUCAAAAUUUAUGGUAGAUAAAUAGAAUACCAUUGAAACACUGUGAUCAAAAGUCUUUAAUAGGAAAUGAGCAGAAUGGUGACAUGAUGCAGCCAAACGUUGCAGUUUGAUCGAAUGGGUCAUUUGCAAUGAUCAUUUAUAAAUUAGUCAGCGCACAUUGAAGGUUGUGAUUAUUCCAGGCUCACAAUAUCAAUGUUCCUUAGAUCAGCGUGUAGGUUCAACCAUUUUCAGCAGCUCAUCCUUUCCAUCAAAGGGUCCGAUGUAGGGAUAUUCACCAAAUGCUUACACACUGUUCAUUUUUAUUUGCAACUCUUCACCUUCAGCUACUGACGCAUUUCCAGAUUGUGUGCAGUUUAACUGAGGUAACAUUCAGCCAUAAGCUCAACAGUAGCAAGUAGCAUUCACAUUAGGCAAUGACUACCUCCAACAAGAGUCUACCCACUUACUCUUGACAUUCAAUGCCAUAAAGAGUGCCAAGUUCUCCUAACAUCUGAAGCGAUGGGGGAGGAAAGGGGGGGGGGGGGGGGGGGGGGGGGGGGGGGUCAUCAUAAAGUCAGUUGAAUAAGCUAAACCGAAUAAGGAUGUGCUGGCAUUGGAGAGGGUCCAGAGGUGGUUCAUGAGAAUGAUCAUGGGGUGCAAUUGGCUUAACGUAUGGUGGACAACUGAUGGCUCUGGGCCUGUACUUGCUGCAGUUUAGAGGCACAACCUCAGAAUAGAAAAUACAUACCUUUAGAAAGGAGAUGAGGGGGAAUUUCUUUAGCCACA